GCGAGGCUCUGGCAACCGUGACCUUGCGUCCUCGCCAACCUGGCUCUGAGUCUGAUGAAGAACGAAGAACGCUGACAGGCGCCGGCAAAUGGUGGUCGGGGAUUGACCAGACGAGGCCGAACUCACUUUCCCUUUGUCAUGCAAGUGACGCUUCGCUCAUUACAGUCGCUCAUUACACGAUCUUCUUAUUAUCGCUAUUAUCGGUUUUAUCGCAUGAACAGUUCGACGGCCCGCCCGACCACGUCCCUCGUUAAUUACAGCGCCUCCGCAGCGGUUGCAUUGGCCAUUGCAAGAGGCCUCUGAGCCCGUCACCAGGGCAUCGUCGCCGAGGGGGAUCCCGGGUCGAGACGUCUCGGGACCCGCGACUCUGGUGGAGCGCUUCCUGUAUCCCCUAUCUUGCCUUCGACUCCAACUCCCGAGCAUGGAAUCCGGGACCAGGGGCAGGUCCCCUGUGUCCGCGCGCGUCGCACAGAAGAAGCUGCCCGGCGACACCGUCGUUUGCAUCCCCUAUCGCCUGCGGAACGAUGCAGCUUGCCUGCGGAAUAGCGCAGCAUCCCGGCUGGACACCACGGCGACACAGAACCACGAGUCUGAGGCCUUGGCCCCGGCCGAUGCCCUCUCCCUCUCGGGCAGCACCCCGCCGAGCAGCCCCACCAUGUCCAGUUUUCCCGGCGGUUCAAAGGCCGUAACCCCCGAAAAGCCCAGCAUCAAUCGUCCCUACCUUGUCCUUGUCGACUCGCAAAGGAAGGCGAGUGCUAAGGAAAGCACUGAAGCAUCCUUCCGGAAGCAUCACCGAGGCAUUGGCUCCAUCGACUCGUUCCUCUCCUCAACGACCUGCGUCAACACCCAGUCCGAGUGCAGCCGCCCAGAGUCCCGCUUGUCUCAUGAGAUUCGAAUCGAGGUGGAGGAUACGGACGGCACUCCCCCUCUUGUUUCUUACCACUCAGCUCAUGAGCAGACCAGCAAGGUUCUGCUUGCCGCACCAAGCCCUGUUCAUUCCAAGUCGACGGAAAGUGAACCAAGUCUUAGCAGCGAUGAGCAGGGUUGGGAUGAAGAGGCACGCCUUGUUGACGAGAUCUCUUCCUGGGUUCUGAGGAACACGUUUGGCAAGGACGUGGAUGACUGUGCGGCGCCGCUGUUGAUAUGGGACUGCACAUACCGCUACCUCCAGGAACUUUCGAGCGCGGUUCACGAGGGCAAAUUAGGACUUGUUGAGACACUUUCUGGUCAUGGGACUCCGUCAUCCCACGGCGGCGGCACGCCAGGCCCUAGCAGCAACGACCAACAACCCGCGGGGCAGUUUGGAAAGGGGAAGCGCAAGGCUGAAGGCGGUAGCGAAGAUGGCAGCGGGCUAGGAGGUCAGGACAACCCCGGAGACGGGGACCGGGACAUCUCGCCGGGUUCGCAAGCACCCAGCAGCAAAUCCACCAUCUCUAACUUUAGCUGCCCUUACCGGAAACGCAAUCCCCUCCGAUUCAACGUCCGUGAUUAUUAUGUCUGCGCCACCCACUCAUUUGCUGACAUGUCACAGCUCAAGAAGCAUAUCCGUGCUCACCAUCCUCCGGUGCAGCGGAACGCAGGUCCAUUUCUGUGUCCCAGAUGCUGUCAAGGCUUCGUCUCCAAAAAUGAACUGGACGCUCACCUGCGCCGGCUAGAUGUUUGCCGCCUAUCAUACGACAGCGGCGGCGCCGAUCCCGAAGACGGCAUUACGCAGAAGAUCAUCUCCUCUCUUGAGGCCAGGAGUCUCAAGGCCAAGAUCGACAACUGGGUCUCGCUGUGGAAACUCCUGUUUCCUGCAGACGACAUCAUCCCCGAUCCGGUGUUCGUACCGGUAAUGGAAGUGUUCGACUUCAUUUCAGAGUCCCGGAAAUUUCUUACCACGCUCAAGGACCUUCUUGAGAUCCAAUACCGCCAUGUCCUUGAAGGAGCGAACCAGAUCCUAGACGUCGAUCUCAAGAUUCGUCAGGGGCUUGAACGGAGCACGUUGUCCAUCUACACUUGGAUCGAGACGGUGGUGCAGGACUGGGAGCAGAGGCUAUCCGGCACAGUCUCGUUCUUUACAAGCUCCGGCAUUAGUCAGCCCGUCUUGAAUGAUGCUAGUAGUUGGGCCUCUACCCCGAGUCUUCUCCCUCCCUCGCCGGCCCCUACCCCCACAGUUGCCCCUGGGAGCUCGAACACGAUGAACGCCUUGCCCGGAGUCGAAAGUCCCGGUUCAGCUGGGGCUACAGCUGCUAGAAGACGCCCCAUUCCAGCACCGAAAAGGGUCAAGCGAGCGGAAAUUCUCCCGAAAAUCCAGCCUGCAACACAGAUACCAGUCCCCAUACAACGAGCACGAACACCUCAAUCACAAGCAAGGGCGGUCGGCAGUGAUUUCCGGCCACCUCAGCCAAUUCUCCCGAGCCAGCCUAUUCCGAUCAGCCAAGCAAUUCCUGUCCCAACAUCGACCGCACCAAGCCUUGAUCCGGGUACACCGUACCAAACAAAUUGGGAGAACUCGGGGGUGCCAAUUACCCACGCAUAUGGGGUUUCCUACAGCGGCCCGGGCGAUGUUUUCCAGCACGCAGCUCUUACGCCGACCCACUAUGCGCCCGUCCAUCCCGGCCAACUCGAUGUCCAACAAUACCUCAGCCCCGAUCAGUCCACAGAUCCGGUAACGACCGAGUCGCUCCAGCACGACAUGGAUCUCCGCCGGCAAUCCACGUCCACCAUCCAUGCAAAUCGGCUGAUGUCCUCAACCCCGCGGUCCUCGCUCGCUAGCCUCACCUGGAUCCGGGACGAGAACCGGGACUCGAGCCAGACCCUCGUCGAAGCGCAUCCGCCCGGCCGAUGCCGGGAUAUGUACUGCCCAAGCUGCAGCAAGACGCUUCCCGACGACAUGACCACGCUGUCGCCAACCGGCAUCCCCCCGGUCACCGGGCCUCACGAACACCGUGUCUUUGACGCGCCAGGAGUGACGACACCCUUCUCCGGUCCCCCAGGAGCUGGGGACGUUCACAGUUUUUCCGAGGUAGAGUGGGGAUUUCACUCUGCUGUUUCUGGAGGGGGAUUACUUGGCCCGGGGAGUAAUGAUAACAUGUACGGUGGAGGGGGCCAUGGGCCGCAGGAAGGUUACUAGCAGUGGCAACUGAUACAGUUAUAAACAAGGCGGGAAAAUGGUGUCAUAUAUAUAUGUUGUAUACUAAGCGGACAAUCUGGAAAGCGAGUGCUGGAUCCUAAUCUAAUACAGGUGGAGCAGAACGCCGGCAUGGAGGUUGGAGCGGCGAUGGAUCUGACGGGGCAUCAAGUGGUCAAACGGAACACACGAGGUCAUGAAUAAUGUACCAAUGUAUUGUAUGAUACUGCUAGAUGUUCGCGUUUGUUAGCGCUCAAGGGCUGUCUGCCUCACUAAAUGUAAUUCUAGUGUGUACCGGGAUUCUCAAAGCGGUUGGGUUGUAAUGAGAUGACGGUUUAUGUUCUCAGCAAUCAU